CAGAGAAGAGUAUCUGCAUACGAACCGCCCGUUCAUUUAGAGCCCCUGCUGUCUUCUUUUUUUUCUUCGAGUGACAUGUCAAUUCGCCCUGGCAGAUUUCUCAGGCAGUCUGCUAACUCCCUGCGCACCCUCACACUGGCAACCGCAAGGCCUGUACUCCACGAGUCUUUGCCUGCCCACUCGUCUUCCUCCUCCCCCGCACCUCUUUCGCGACUCACAGGCCUAUCCAGGCAGUUUUCUACUUCGUCACUCAACAUGGCCCCCGUCACGAAGCAGUAUGACUACAUCGUCAUAGGAGGAGGAUCAGGAGGGAGUGGUGCAGCCAGAAGAGCCAGUGGCUGGUAUGGCGCAAAAACGUGCAUCGUCGACGCUGGAGUUUCUGGCGGCUGCUGUGUGAACGUUGGAUGUGUCCCUAAGAAAAUGACAUGGAACUUCGCCUCCAUUGCGGAGGCCAUGAAGGCUGGCAAGCAUUACGGAUACUCCUUCGGAGACGGCAACUCGUUCGACUUUACAAGCUUUGUGGAGAAGAGGGACGCCAGGAUCAAAGUGCUGAACGGCGCCUAUGAGAGCAACUGGGCAAAAGAAGGCAUUGACUUGAUCCAUGGGACUGCGAGUUUCGUCAGCGAGCACGAGAUGGAGGUCACGCCGAAAGACGGAAGUGAACCAUUCCGGAUAACAGCACCACACAUCACAAUUGCCACUGGGUCGUUCCCCACGAAGCCUGAAGGCAUCAAGGGUUCAGAAUAUGGUAUCACGUCGGACGAGUACUUCCUGAUCAAGCAUCUACCAAAGAAGAUGGUGUUUGUCGGAGCUGGUUAUAUCGCUGUUGAAUUGGCCGGUGUCAUGAACGCCAUUGGCGUCGAGACACAUCUGUUCAUCCGAGGCAACACUUUCCUACGAAAAUUCGACCCUAUGAUUCAGGAGACAUUAACGAAGCACUAUGAAGAGCUCGGUGUUCAUGUUCACCGAAGUCACCCGGGCAUCAAGGAGGUUAUCCAACUACAAGCGGCCAAGGAUCCAUCCGAUCCGCGCGACAAGCAGCUGAAGCUCAUCAUGAACGACGGGAGCGAGAUGAUUACCAACGAGCUGUUGUGGGGUAUUGGCCGCGGUGCAGAAACCCGAGGACUAGGACUUGAGAAGAUCCCCAUCGAGCUCGAUAAGACCGGUCACAUUGUUGUGGACAAGUACCAGAACACAUCGAUUCCUGGUGUCUAUGCACUGGGUGAUGUUUCUGGACAUGUCGAACUUACACCGGUGGCCAUUGCUGCGGGCAGAAUGCUGGGAAACCGUCUCUUUGGACCUCCCGAGUUGAAAGACUCACACCUUGACUACGAAAGAAUCCCGUCCGUCGUCUUCUCUCACCCCGAAGUCGGCACUACUGGCUUGACAGAACCAGAAGCUAUCGAGAGAUAUGGUAAGGACAAGAUCAAGGUGUACCACACCAAAUUCUCUGCCAUGUAUUACGAUGUGUUCCCCCCGGAGGAAAAGAAGAAAGAGCCCACUGAAUUCAAGCUCGUCUGUCUUUUGCCAAAUGAAGAGGUUAUUGGUCUGCAUAUCCUUGGUAAAGGGUGUGACGAAAUGAUGCAGGGCUUUGGUGUGGCUGUUAAGAUGGGUGCAACGAAGAAAGACUUUGACAGUUGUGUUGCGAUUCACCCAACAAGUGCAGAAGAACUGGUUACGAUGCGAUAAAUCCAUAGAUUCGCCCUUCGUAGACUCGAAUAGAGACGACGUCGUUGACCUUGAGAAAGUCUAUAAGGACAGAUUGUUUGAUAUGUCUUUC